GAGUGACUGGCAGAGACAGACAGACAGACAGAGUGACUGACAGAGACAGAGUGUGUGUGAUAUCAGAGGGAGAGAGUUGCAGGGAGGAGCAGUCAGUGUAGCCCCAGAAUCCGAGCCCCUCAGUUUGUACAGACGGGAGAUGGAGCAGCGGGUGUUUCUGACUCUGCUGCUCUCCGUGGCUCCUACUCUGGUGAGAGGGGACUGCCCGCUGGAGUGUAGCUGCCCCUCGGCUCCGGCCCGCUGUCCUCCCGGGGUCAGUGUGGUCCUGGACGGCUGCGGUUGCUGCAGAGUCUGUGCCCAGCAGCUGAAUGAUGACUGCAGCCUGGAGAAACCCUGUGACUAUCUGAAAGGAUUGGAGUGUAACCAGGGCGCCAGGCUGGCAGGAAGCAGCGGGAUCUGCAGAGCCAAGUCGGAAGGCAGGACCUGCGAGUACAACGGGAGGAUCUAUCAGAACAGCGAGAGCUUUCAGCCCAGCUGCAAGCACCAGUGCACCUGUAUAGAUGGGGCGGUGGGAUGCAUCCCACUCUGCCCCCAGGAGCUGCCCCUGACUGGGAUGAACUGCCCUUACCCCCGCCUGGUGAAAGUGCCCGGGCAGUGCUGCGAGAAGUUUGUCUGCGAUAAAUUGGCUUCGAAAUACCGCGGAGUGCCCUUUCAUGACCUCUCUGCCCUCGCUGCCCUCAGCACCAACAAGCUGCUCCACAGAAAGCACCUCUCCCUGGGGAACCUCGCUGCUUGGAGACCCCUGUUUGAAGGGCACCGAUUGGCCCAGAAGAAGUGUACCAUCCAGACCACCCAGUGGUCUGAGUGUUCGAAAACUUGUGGCAUGGGCUUGUCGACCAGGGUUAGCAAUGAUAAUCCCGAGUGCAAGCUGAAGAAAGAGACACGGCUGUGCCAGCUUCGAGCUUGCAAUCAGACUGCUGAGCCCAGGCUGAAGAAAGGAAAGAAAUGCACCAGAACCCAGAAGGCCACCGAACAGGUUCGCUUUACUUACGCCGGCUGCAAAAGUGUGAAGAAAUACCAGCCAAACUCCUGUGGCCUGUGCAUAGACCAACGCUGCUGCUCGCCACUAAAGACCCGAACAAUUCGUGUCCGGUUCCGCUGCAAGAAUGGCGAGAGCUUCAACAAGAACAUGAUGAUGAUCCAGUCGUGUAAAUGCAGCUACAACUGUCCCCACCUGAAUGAGGUGGUCCAGCCAUACUUCAGACUGCACAAUGACAUCCACAAGUUCUCAGAAUAAAAGCCAGCCUUUAAACCCUACCCUUUAGAACUCUGGUGAGAAUCUGGGCUGAAGGAAAGGCAGGUGGCCAAUCUGAUCGGAAUAUUCAGCCUCCUGUUGUAGUGCCAGGAAGAGACCACAGUCAAGAAUGUGCUGAGAACAGACAGUCUCAUUUUGGAUGAGGCUAUUGCGUCUGGUGUAAUCUUCAAACAAGAAUGAGCUCCAUUACUCUGCAGAGUAGCCAUGUAAGACUAUAACUUUCUCCUCUGUCCAUGGGAGUGAGGAACUGUGUCCAGCAUAAGGUGAUGCAGGUUGCUUCACAGCAGUCAGAGCAGGACCAUAGUCAACUGUAGUGCCUCUCUGUUGGGAGGGGGGAUCUGAGAUUUAUUUAAAUAUUUGUAACUGGACUAUGGGCUUUCAUCAAUGAAUACUUUUGCUUACAGCCUGCAACAACAGAACUGAAUUGAGCCCCCUUGGCAGUUGCUCUCUGCAGCUAAGCUCUUGCUUAUUAUCUCUGUGACGAUUUGUGAUGGUUCCUCUAUAUUUUAACUUGCACAGCCAUCUUGGAGUUUAUGAAGUGGCUUUGUUUCAGAAGCCUGUACCUUUAACCUUUAUUUUGUGUAUGUGUGUGUGCGUGUGUGUGUUUGUGCGUAUUUGUGCGGGUGUGUGUGUGUGCGUGUGUGUGUGUGCGUGUAUGUGUGUGUGCCUGUGAGUCAGAUUGUGUUUUCAUGUCUGGAAUUGACUUACUGUAUCCUGUAUCAUCCGACUGAUGGACUUGUUUACAGUGCAAAGGGGACAGUGCUGUUUUUGUUCUGAUGUCACGGGUCUCAAUCGGGGCUCAUGACAAUUUAAAAAGCACAUGAUGCCAUGGGAGAGUUGCCUGAUUUUCAGCUAGGGUGAGGUGCUUUUGCAUAGCCUCGCUUGCACAAGGUCAGUUUGGAACUCGGUUGGAGGCUACCAGAUUCCUCUGCUCCCUCCUUAACGGACCAGGUGCAAGAGCUGCUGACCAUGCAUAGGAACAGUGAAAUCUAGAGUGGGAGCAGGGAAUAAAAGGCAAGAGAGGGCACUGGCACUGUGUUGUCUAACUGCCAGGUCUUGGGACCUGGUAAUCUGUGCUGGUUAGUUGAAUUCAAUUAUUUUUAAACCCAGCUGUUGUUACGAAAGGCCCAGUUGCCACUGGUUCCUGGGAUUUCUGCUGGUAGAUAUACCGCUUGGACUGUGUGCUCAGUGACUUUAUAAGACAGGAUGAGACAUAGGAGCAGAAGUUGGCCUUCAGCCUAUCAUGCUGCUCUGCCAUUCAAUGAGAUCAAGGCUGAUCUGAUAAUCCUCAACUCCAAUUUCCUGCCUUUUCCCCACACCCCUCGAUUCCCUCACUGAUUAAAAAUCUGCCUAUCUCCGCCUUGAAUAUACUUAACCGUUCUCAACAGCCUGAACCAGCCAAAAGUUCAACACACUGACGAUGAGCUUAUUACCCUGACUGGCUUCUAGUUUCAAAGCUUGACAAUGGAGUCCUCCUGUGAAGGUGGUUUUGAAAUCUGGUUCUUUGGUGGAACAAAAGGGUUCAGUAUCUAAAGCUGGUUCACCCUGCGUGGGCCUGAAAUGUCUGCUUCAGUGUUGCUGCUCGUGUUGACUGUGAGAAAUGUCAGGAUUGUAAUGCCGCUUAGACACAUUCCCCAUCCCAUUACCAGUAUUGCUCCUUGGCAAAAAAGAUCAGCUGCAGUUGGCGGCUGAAUCAUAGUCGAACCAUUCACUCCUGUAUCGUGUAUUUAUCAAAGUGUGGCAUAUUUUUUAUUUUGGAUAUAAAUUGUAAUAUAGUGGAUUUUAAAAUAUGUAUUUUUGAAAAUUAUAAGGAUUAAAUAAAUUUAUUUUAUAGAAAUCAAA